AUGUGCCCGCUGGCGAUAGCUGCAGCUGGACAUUGUUGGAUGUUGGCGGACGUUGGCGUUGGUAGCGUUGGUGGUGGCGAAGCUGGUGUUGGUGUUUACGGUCGCGGCGGUGGCGCCUGCGACGGCCGUGGCGGUGGCGAUGGUAGUGGUGUUGCGUACACGACGUUCCACAUAGAAAACCGCAAGGCAAGGCAAGGCAAGGCAAGGCAAGGCAAGGCAAGGCAAGGCAAGGCAAGGCAAGGCAAGGCAAGGCAAGGCAAGGCAAGGCAAGGCAAGGCAAGGCAAGGCAAGGCAAGGCAAGGCAAGGCAAGGCAAGGCAAGGCAAGGCAAGGCAAGGCAAGGCAAGGCAAGGCAAGGCAAGGCAAGGCAAGGCAAGGCAAGGCAAGGCAAGGUAACGUGACGGAGCGUGGCAGUGGUGUGAGGUGA